AUGAAACAAAUUUUCCGUCCUCGUAAUCUCUUUCUCGCCACAGCAAUCGUUGGAGGUGGCUUGUUUUCCGUUAAUGCAAUACUCAAGAGCAAGCACAACUUGUACGAAGAGAGCGGUAACAGCUUAUUAAAAGCGUUUGAUAGAAAGGCCUUGUUUGAACAUCAAGCAACGGAGCAAUUAGGCUUACCAAGAGAUUCCGAAGGACAAGUCAUUCUUCAUACAGAUAGAGCAGAGAAUUUGAAUGUGCUGGAAAAUCAAUCACCAGAAAAUGAAUUUGAUGUGAUUAUUGUUGGUGGAGGCUCUGUUGGAGCUUCUGCUGCCCUUGAUGCUUGCACGAGAGGAAUGAAAGUGGUUGUUUUAGAGAGAAAUGAUUUUGCAAGCGGUACGUCGUCACGUGCCACCAAGAUGGCACACGGCGGAGUAAGAUAUUUGGAGAAAGCUGUCAUGAAUUUAGAUUGGAAUGAACUGAUGUUAGUCUAUGAAUGUUUGAGAGAAAGAAAGCAUUUCUUUCAAGUGGCGCCUCAUUUAUCUUCUCCACUCAAAUUAUUGACACCUUGUUAUUCAUUAUAUGAUUCUCUUAGAAUGUAUAUUGGAUUGACAUUGUACGACAUGUUGAGUGGAUUUGAAGCAAGACUUGGAUAUUCAGGAUGGGUCUCAAAGGCAAGGUCAUUAGAACUGUGGCCUAGUCUCAAAAAAGAAGGCCUUUAUGGAUGCAUGUCCUAUUAUGAUGGAGUAUUUAACGACUCUAGAAUGAAUAUUAGUACGAUUCUUACAGCAAAUGCAUUAGGAGCUUUAACAUUGAAUUAUAUGGAGGUUGUUGAUUUGAUCAAAUCAGAAGAAAAUAACAAAAUUAUUGGUGUUAAAGCGAGAGACAGGAUUAAUGGAAAAGAAUAUUCAAUUCGAGGAAGGUGUGUUGUGAAUGCUACAGGACCAUUUGUUGAUCAGUUAAGGAAAAUGGACGAUCCUAAUUGUGUUCCCAUAAUUUCUCCAUCAACAGGAACGCAUAUCACUUUCGACCUUGAUAAAUUCACAUCAGGAAUAGGGAAAAAGAUGGGCGUACUGUUUCCAAAAACAUCAGACGGAAGAGUUCUGUAUUUGGUGCCAUGGGAAGGAAAAUUAAUUGCAGGAACAACUGACACACCGUCCACACUAACAGAGAGACCAAGUCCAACAAACACCGAUAUUGAUUUUAUCAUGAGUACCAUGAAAACAUGUUUAACUGUGCCUCUUUCUACAUCAGAUAUUACUUCGAGUUGGACAGGAAUUCGACCACUUGUUAAGCCAGUUGCUGUUGCCUUUGAAUCCACGAAAACUCUUUCCAGAGACCAUCACAUUGAAACAAGCUCCAGUAAUUUGGUUACCGUUGCAGGUGGAAAAUGGACAAGUUUUAGAAAAAUUGGAGAGGACACCAUUGACACGGUUAUUUCAGUACGUCCUGAUUUGGUUGGUCUUUUAGCAAAACCAAUUUCAAGAACGUAUUACACACCGCUGAUUGGUGCCUCCUACCAAUGGGAAGCCCUCAAGAACAUCAAGCAAAGCCCUUCUGAAAAAGUCAGCAACGAUUCAUGGGAACAUUUAAAACAUUUUUAUGGAGAUAGAGCUCCAUAUAUUGUUCAACUUUCUGAAACGAAUGGCCUCACUCAAUUACUCUCUCCUAAGUAUCCAUUUAUUGAGGGUGAAGUUCUCUAUCAAGCAAAAUAUGAAAUGGCAGUGAAACCCUCUGAUAUUAUUGCAUAUCGACUCAGUCUCAUGUUUAUCGAUAGAAAUGAAUCCAAACAAGUGGCAAAGAGAGUUGUGGAUAUCAUGGGAGAUUAUCACCAGUGGAAUGACGAAACUAGAAGAAAACAUCUUGAAGAAACACUUGCUUAUAUUGACGUUUGCACGAAAUAA